AAUAUUUGUAGCACAGUGGGCGUGGCAUCAUAUCAAUGGCUAACAGUGGUCACAGUGACACCAAUGGAUCUCAAUUCUUCAUUACUUAUGCCAAACAACCCAGUCUUGAUAUGAAAUACACCAUAUUUGGAAAAGUAAUAGAUGGAAUGGAUACUCUUGAUGAUUUAGAAAAGGUACCAGUUAAUGAUAAGAAUUAUAGACCAAUUCAAGAUAUUUACUUGAGAAGAGUAACAAUCCAUGCUAACCCCAUUGCUGACUAACUAACAGGUUUAAUACCAUUCAGUGUAAAAAUUGGUUCAUUUGCUCUUGCAAUAGCAGCAGUAAUGUUUAUUUUAUUAAUUAA